AUGCCAUCAAACGAGGAGGAGCGGUCGCGCAAGCGUCCACGUUCCACGCCCGACACAAGGCCCGCGUAUCCUCGGAAGCGCGCUGCCCAGGCUUGUCUCGCUUGUCGACGACGCCGGACCAAGUGUGACAAUGAGCGACCUACCUGCUCCUCGUGCUUAAAUCUGGGCAUUGAAUGCGUGUACCAGGAGGGCGACAAGUCGAGUUUUGACUCGGCGAGCCUGGCCAUUCUUCAACGCUUGGACGCUACCAUCGAGUCAUUGCCGCCCCUGGAUAUCAGCGUUGAGGCUGUUCUUGGGUGGCCAAUGUUUCGACACCUGGCAUCCGCCCACCAAACCCCAUUGAAGACGCUCCUCCAGGCUGGGAGCUCAGAUUCGGACCCGCGGUCGUUGAUAACUUCGGACAUUGAAGCUGAUGACGCAGGGUCACUAUUGCAACAGUUCCUCGACAACUUUCACAUAUACAACCCCGUGUUGGAGAUUUCCCGCGUCAAGGAAUCGGUGAGAUUCACACGGUACAAUGGCCUGGGAUGGGAUUCCAACUCGUGUCUGCUGCUCCUUAUAUAUGCUCUUGGAACCAUAGCGGACCGGUACAGCCAACCUCCAUUCGAGACAUCGGCCGCGUUUCGCCAAUCCGACCAGUUUCUUCGUGGCGAAGCGUUCUUUAUGGCUGCUCAACGACGAAUGGGAACCCUGCUGUGUAAGAGUGGCAUUGUCGAGGCCCAGAUCUUUUUCUUGGCGGGCGUCUACCUGAUGACAACCUUACGGCCAGUCGAGGCGUGGAAGAUGUUUGUUCAGGCGCUGGCAUGUUGCCAGGGCUUCGUGCCCACAGCGCACCGCGACGCAGAAGGCCAACAUGGCGAUGACCCUCGGCAGGCAGAGUCACAGCUCCACAAGAGCAUUUACUGGACUUGUUUCAAGUCGGAGCUGGAACUCCGUUUGGAGCUGAACAUUGCCGAGACCAGCGUUUGGAACCUCCGCUAUCCAGCCUUCUUUCCCGAGCCGCCUGCAAGCCUUCAGUCGCAGAGCGAGGCCGCCUGGUACUUUUACCUGGCAGAGAUUGCACUCCGUCGACUGGAGAAUCGUGUCUUGACGUAUACCUGCCAGGAGCAGCCGAGUGGUCCCCUGCCCGAGAGGAUCAACACCAUCCUGGACUUUGAGCAACAAGCCGAUGGCUGGCUCGAGUCCCUACCCGACACCCUGAAACUCAAAGGAUCGACCGAGACCCCCGGUUCCGCAGACGAGAAGCACGCUGCGCUGCGUUUCAUUCUGAAUGGCCACCUGCUCGACUGUUACGAGAUGAUGUACUGGCCUUUUAUGGUCGAAGCGAUUCACCGGUCCAAGUACGAUGACGACUCCCGCCUCCUCGCCAUCAAAGGCUUCCAGGUCUGCGUGCGGCGCAUAGAGGAAAACGAAGGCGGUUUUCGUCUUCGCCAUCACGGGACGUGGUUGAUGCUACGGUCCUGCACACGAAGUGCGCUGGUCCUUGUCGCCGCGUCGCAAUCUCGUCUCCACUCCAUGUUGCCAUUGGGGUGGGAGGCGUCGGUUGGCAAGGUCAUGCAGAUGCUCGAUUACUGGAAGGAGGAAACCUGGGAUGCCGCCGACCGCUUGGAGAUCCUGGAGACCAUGAUGAGGGUGCCUCCAUAG